AUGCUGCUUGUUGACAUAUUUUCCCAUUAUGUUGUAGGAUCUGUUAUUCCAAUUUGUAAUGUAGAGUUGAGGCCUUAUGAAAUAUGUUGUUUUUCAGUUGAUUCAUUGGAUGUCGAUAUAAGUAUAUCUGAGGAAGGGAAUUUGUCAGAUGAUGAUGAAGUAACUUCAAAGAAGAAACGCAGACGUGGCACAAAAAGGUGUACGUUGAAUGAUGUUAGAAAUUAUUCUCGUGAUAUUAAAGAGAAACUGAAACAAGUGGAUGUUCAAAAGAUCUUAAAUCAAAUGCAAGAGAAGAAGAGAAUUUGUGAAGGCUUUUUUUACAAAUAUCAAGUAUCAUCUGAUGAUAAUAAGUUAGUAAACUUAUUUUGGUAUGAUGCUGAGUCUCGGAAACAUUACCAUAUGUUUGGAGAUGUUGUAAUAUUUGAUACAACAUAUUCGACAAACAGGUAUCGUAUGGUGUUUGGUCCAUUUAUCGGGAAAGACAAUCACGGGUGUCCUAUUGCAUUUGGAGCUGGUUUCGUAUCCGGUGAGAGUUGUGAUGCAUUCUCAUGGCUUUUCACUGUGUUUGUUGAAUGCAUGGAUGUUGCUCCAAGGAUCAUAAUCACAUACCAAGAUUGGGGAAUGAGGCUUGCAAUUGAGAAGGUAUUAUCUUGUACAAGACAUCAUUUGUGCAUGUGGCAUAUUAUGAGCAAGUUGUUUGAGAAGAUACCUAAAUCUAUUUCUGAUAGAGAAAAGUUUAGUAAGGAGUUUAAUGCUUGUGUUUGGUCAGAAUUGUUAGAUCCAAAUGACUUUGGCAUAUUGUGUACUGAUAUUGUUAAAAUAUAUGGCGUGGAAGAUCAUAAAUGGUUUAAGGACAUGUUUGCUAUUAGACAUUUGUGGAUCAUAACCUACUUUAAAGAUGUUCUUAUGGGUUCUUUGAUGAGGACAACAUCUUUUUCAGAAUCCGAAAAUAGUUUUUUUAAGAGGUACUCGAAACUAUUGUUUAAUUUUGUUGACUUCACUCUUAAGUAUAAUAAUGCCAUUGAUGCUCAAAGGAAUCAAACUGAAAGGCUUGACUAUUAUGAUUCUAUAAUCUUUCCAAAAUAUGUCACUGAUUUAGCAUUUGAGAAGCAAUUGGCAUUUGUAUACACGGAUAGGAUGUUUAGAGUAGUACAAGAAUUAAUUUCUGAGGCUGAUAAGAGUUGUCGGAUGAUUAGCAUGUCCACUUUGGAGAACAUCGAGGUCUUUAAAGUUUCUGAUGCUAGAAAGAAGACCUUCACAGUUACACAUGAUAUAGAGAUUGAGUCAUAUGAGUGUGAGUGUAAACUAUUUGUAAGGUGUGGUUAUCUAUGCAGCCACCUUUUCUUCGUCCUCAAAAACAAAGAUGUCAACAAUAAUCCAGAGAAAUAUGUUGGUAACCGGUGGCUGAAAAGUGAAUUACUGAAGGCGGUUCAUGGUCUCACGAGUGAUGAAAGUGCGUCUGACAAAGAUGACAAACUACAGAUUGGUAACAGGUGUCAUGGACGUUACUUUGAUCUAUAUCAAUGCGCUUUUAGGAAUAAAAAUUAUCUGAUUGCUUUGGAUAAUGUGCUUGCGGGUAUUGGUCCUCAAAUUUUUACUGAUGACACUACUGGAGCUGGAUCGUCGUCAGUUGAUAAAAAUGAUUCGAUCAAGAACAUAUAUGGUGUUGUUGUACCUGAAGAAAUAACUGCACAUGCUCCAGAUGUGGUUAGUACAAAGGGAGGUGCAAGUGACAAGAACAACAAGAUUAAGUCGAGCAUAGAGAAAGCAAUUGAAAAAGCAAAUAAACUUCAUAGGCGUUGUGGAAAGUGUCAUAAAGUGACUGAUCAUAAUGUUAGAAGUUGUGGCAAAAAGAAGACAUAA